UCUGUGCUGGGCCUUCUCAUGAACUCCUGCUUCCAUCAGGACCCAGGGUCAACACUGAGGCGCCGGUCUGCAUUUCCCAGGCGGGUUGGCAAGGCGGCACUGCCCUUGGGGAGGCCAGAGUCCUUUCUGCCUAUGGAGCAUGCAGCAGCCACAGCCCCCAGGCCAAGACCCCCACCUGGGGCCACUGAGAAUGUUCUGCCCCAAGCAGAGGACUGGGCAGCCUGCCUCAAUACAGAGCUUCCCUCGGAUCUGGAGCUGAGUGAGCAGCGGUGCCUGCAGAUCUCCAAGGAGUUGGUUGACCUGCAGAUCGCAGCUCACCACAUGCGGGAGCAGCAUGAGGCUGAACUCUUUGAGCUGAAGAGUGAGGUCCUACGGCUGGAGAGCCGAGUGCUGGAGCUGGAGCUGCAUGGAGAUCGCAUAGCCCCCCAAGAGGCUGCCUUGGGGCGCCGCCAGGAGCCGGCACGGGGGCUCCAACACAAGGCCUGGGAGCAGGGACACUCCAUCCACCAUAGACCCCAGGUCACCGUGAGUGCCUGCUGGGUGGGAGCCAAGCAGGGGUGCAGCAGAGACAGUGAGGUUGGGACCAGCUCUCUCCUACAGGCACAGCCUGAGGACUUCCUGAGCCCCAAGAAUGAACAGCAGAAACUGGGGGACAGCGGAGAAUGGAAGCGCGCGCUGGAGGAGCACAAGGCCCAGAGGCAGGCACUGGAGACCCGUGUGGCAGACCUGGGCCGGCGGCUGCAGGGAGCCCGAGAAGAGGCCCGGACGGCGGGGCAGCAACUAGCAGCACAAGCCAUGGUGUUGUCUGCCUGCCAAGGCCAUCUGCGCCAGGCGGAGGCAGAGAACGCCCAGCUGCAGCUGCAGCUCAAGAAGCUGAACGAGGAGUAUGCCCUCCACUUGCAGCGAUGUGCCCGAGCCGUGGCCGAGUACGCGAACGGCGCGGGCCAGGAGCCGGCAGCCGCAGCCCUCCGCACGUUCCUGGAGACCACUCUGGAGCACAUCCGGGCAGCGCACCGCAGCCGUGAGCAGCAGCUGGCCCGGGCUGCUCGUGCCUACCGCAAGCGCCUGUCAGAUCUGAGCCGUAGACACGAGGAGCUGCUGGCGACCCGCAGUGUGCAGCAGGUGCUGGCAGACUCCAGUGGAGCAUCUGGGACCCCCAAAGUUACUUUUGACUCAGCCACCUUACACCUGGAGCCCCGGUCUCUGCACCUGGUCACCAAACUCGGUCACCCAGAAGACCAGGCCAGGCAGGAGACAAAGCUCCGGAAGCUGCAGGCCCAGAAGGGGCCCAGUGAAGCCUCCCUGGGGGUCACAGACCCACAGGGCCAGGAAGCUGCCUCCUGGGCCCAGAUCCACCAGAAGCUCCAGGACUUCUCCCGUGGCACCCAGGCGGAGCUGGAACGCGAGCGGGCACAACUGCUAGUCCGGGCCACAAUGGCUGAGGAACAACUUUCUGAGCUACAGGAGUACGUGGACCAGCACCUUGGCAGGUACAAACAGGAGAUCCUGAGGCUGAGGAAGCUCACGGGGACACAGGACGCCUGGGGAGUGGGGACCACAUCACCCAUCAAGCCGCGGCACCCAAGGACCUGAAGCCGCUAGCCAGCUGUCAGACUCAGGGCAGAACUCUUCUUCACAGCCAGCAUGGAGCCCUCCUCACAGCACCCCCUUGGGUGGGAGCGGGGUCGGGGGGUGUCACUCCACCCAGCCUCACCCAACAAGAGUCCAAACGAGU